AUUCAUGGAAAAAAUUGAAAAACUGUAUAAUUUUUCAAUUUACACGUAACUGUGCGCCCAAAACAUUUAGUUUUUCAAAUACAAUUAUUUAUAAUAAUUUUAAUUCGGGAGUACUGAUUUUUUCCGUUGCAUUUGAGUAUUUGUGUUACCGUAUGACAAUUUGUCAAUUCUGUUCGGUGUUUGUGUACAUGUUCAUGUCCAUGUUUGUGUUGAAUGUCAACAAAUAUAGUCGAAUCUCAGUGUUCAGCGCAUUCUCGAAAUCCGCACUAUAUUUAUUCCAUGAAAAUUUUGCUAUGAAUAUUGGUUUUGGUAGAAUAUUUUGUGUUCUUACCGUUCAAGCCGGUAAAUUUUAUCUGGUUUCAAACGAAUAGUGCAAAUAUUUUCUCGCCUCUAAAUUCGCUCACAGCUGCGGUAUCAAGAAACUAACAAAGGAUGUCUAGUUCAGACGGUGAUGGUAACAAAAGUGUAAAAAGUGCACUGAAAAUUGUAAACGGCGACUGGAUAUGCAGUAAUACCGAAUGUAAAAAUCUUAACUUUGCUCGUCGCACUCAAUGUAAUCGAUGUGGAAGAGAUAAAGAGCGUUCACACGAUUCAAGUGGACGGAAAAAGAAUGGCACUGAAAUCGGAAAGGCAGCUGCUGAAAAAUCGCGUGGUCUGUUUAAUGCGGAUGAUUGGAUUUGUGGUCGAUGCAGUAAUGUUAACUGGCAACGCCGAAAGAAUUGCAAUGUUUGCAGUGCACCGAAAGUGUCUGAAGCUGAAGAAAGAACUGGGUAUGGCGGUGGCUAUAAUGAUCGUGGCGUAGUGGAAUAUAAAGAGCAUCGAGAUUCAGACGAUGAGUAUGAUGAAUUCGGGAGGCGGAAAAGGAAACCCGACGAAAAAAGGACACAUCGUGGCGACUCAACCAGUAGCAGUCGAAAUGAAAGUGGUCGCAGCAAACGACCGAAAAAUGAAAAACAAGAAGACAACGAAAGUGAGGAAGAUACUGAUGACGAUGACGAUGACGAUGACGAUUCCAACGGUGGUGAUCUAUCAAAAUAUAAACUAUUCGAUAGUGAAACUGAUACAGAAAAAGGGUCAUCAGAUCAAAAGAAAAGAUCUAGAAGAUCAAGAUCGAAGUCUCGAUCAUUUUCUUCCAAAUCAUCGAGUAGUAGCAGUUCAUACUCUUCGGAUCGUUCAUCACGAUAUCGACAUCUUCGACGUCACAGUAGCUCGAAAAGCAGAUCACGCAGUCGAUCAAGCUCUCGACAUCGACAUAAUCGAAACCGUCUUUAAUGGAAAAUUGAGAUUGAUGAACAACAAUUAUUGUUACCCAAAGUAAUUGCAUGACGUUCAUUGAUUUAAAUUUGGUUUUCACGUCAACUAUGGCUCCCCAUGAAAUGGUUUGAAUUAUUUUUAUUCGAAUAAACAAGCGACAGGUGAUUCUAUUUUUUAUUAAAUGGAUCUUCGAAAUGAUAUUUAAGUCAUUGUUAAUGUUCAAAUGAUCGUCGAAAAUGUGCGAAACAAAUGAAUAAGCUUCCUUGUCACCCAAUGGAGAUGAGUGAACAUACGCUCAGUUGCAAAUUUUGCGUUGAGAUUUGAAUCGAUUCAGUGCACGUUCACCUUCCACAUUUUUUAUUCUUGAAUGUUUCUAAAAACUGAAAAUUGCGUAUUGGAGAAUAUGUUUUAGUGUCGGGAGACACAUAAAUUUGAGAACGGGGUGGGUCAGAACAAUUGUACGUUGUCGAUGUGUCAAAAACAGUCAGUUUCCAUACAAAGAGCCUUAGAUCCAUUGGUAAUCUUUACAUUGAUUUCAGCAAAAACCAAAAUUUUACAGCAUUCAUACAGUUCUGACUCACCCCAUUCCUCAAUGUGUGUGACUCUCGACACCAAAACGAAUUCUCUGUUGUGCAAACAAUACAAGUGGUAAGGUGAAUUUAAGGCGAACCAAAGAGCAUAGCUUAAAACUAUCACAGUGCACAUGCUGAGCGGGCACUGAAAGUCUUUUGGUGUGUACCAAUGUGAACGACAAUGUUGUCGUUCUUAUUGAGGGUGACUUAAAUCUCUGUCAGUCUAUUUAUGUUCCUCGGGAUAAUUUAUAACAUAAGAAUAUUGGCAACUGAAAGUUUCAUGUUGAAGAAGUACAACAACAACAACAUUUUUAUAUUUACGGAAUAACGUACUACCAUUACCAUUACCAACAGAAAACUAAUCAAGACUAAAAGUCUUGGUCUAAUAUUAAAUAUCUAUGCCAAUGUGUGUUGUUACUUUUCCGUACACACCGUGUCAAGGGAAAGCAUAGAAAUUGGUUCAAAAAUUUUUUUCCGCAAAAUUGGUUUUGAUCGUCAUAAAAACUCAUGAAACGCGUAGAAUACCACUUUUUGAGACAUUUUUUCGUUCGUGUGUCGUCGUCGUCGUCGUCGUCGUCGUUGUCGUCGUCGUUGGUGUUUGUUAACACGAUAACUCAAAAAGUAAUUGGGAUAAUCAAAAUCUGUAAAUUCCAAAAGUGUUGUAUCCGAAAAACAUAGUUUAAGUUCGAAGAUGGGUUUCGAUUUGAUCCUGGGGUACUUGCCCCAAGAAAAACCUCGAAAAAAUGACAAUUUCGUAUGGGAGGUACGUGUAAAUCAACUUCGAUUGGAUUCAAACUUUCUGAGGUUUCAUUUUUUGGAGAAAAAAUUAGAUUCUGGUAGUUUCAUGUUGAUUGCAUUUGCACAAGUUUGAUUUUUGGUCCUCAAUUUUUGUCGAAAUUUCAUUGUCAAAAAUUGAUGACUAAGAACCAAGCUUUGGACAAUGCGAUCGACAUGAAACUUUCAAAAUCUUAUUUUUUCGCGAAAAAAUGAAAUUUCAGAAGCCUUCUGAGCCAAUCGGAGUCGAUUUAUAGGUACCUCCCAUGCAAAAUUGUCCAAAUUUCGACUAAAAUGACCGAUUUUUCACGUGAAAACUGCCUUCAUUUCAAACAAAUUCACAAAACAAACUAAAAGUACGGACAACGGUACGGAAAAGUUUGGGAUUACGAAUGUAAUUCUUUUUAUUUGAGAUCAAAUUGGUUGUAUAAUUAUAACAUGCAUGAGGUGUGAACGGGGGAAGCACAAACGAUAAGAAUCCUCAGCUAUUUCACAGCAUCCGCUGGUAUUAUUCUGUUCGUAUCCACAUUUAGAGCUUAUUUCACGGUAAAAAUAACAAUAAUAGAAUUGUGUCAUAUUUCUAUUGAAAUGUUAUAUCAUGAUAUCUUAUUUGUGAAAUAAAUAGAGUUAAUUCAUUAUCAUCUGAGUCGUUCCCAUUUAUGAACGGUGGUGUUGCAUUUCAGUAAAUUCAAUGUGAAUAUAGAUCUUCAAUAAAAACAUUAAACAACAUUUUUAAUAAAAAUACAAAUGGUGAGAAGUUUGUAAUCAACACUGCCAGAGUAAAUUUAUUUAUAUUUAGGCGAUCGUCAUAUUUGCUGGUCCAGACCAAUAUUCAUGAACUUAACGUUUUGUAUGUAUUGGUUGUUAUUAUUAGUACAGAUGUAACAUUUGUGAUUCUUUAAAAUGGCAAUCACAAC